CUUUAGGAAGAGGAAGUGAGAAGGGCUGCUGAAAGCCCCAUGAUGUACUCUGCAAGCUUCACAGAGCUAUGAGAAGGGGAAGUACGAACAGCAGACGAGCUCGACAAGCACACGCCUGAAAACAGAGACGAUAGCAGAUAUCAUUUUCUCCAAAUAGGUCUGAUCAGAGGAGUUGCAAGAUGGCUCACAGCUGCCUCAAGUGUUUAAAGUACACCAUGUGUGUCGCCAACUUGCUUUGCUUUAUCUGCGGUGUGGCCGUUUUGGCCUUCGGCGUCAUCGUGAUGGUGAGUUCAAAUUAUGCUGCUCUCACCCCCUCACUGCCCAGCUUCAACAUAGCCAACAUCCUCCUGAUCACCGGCAUCAUCAUCACCUGCGUGUCCUUCCUGGGAUUUCUCGGCGCACUCAAGGAGAACCGCUGUCUCCUCCUAUCGUUUUUCCUGAUGCUCUUCCUCAUGAUGCUCUUGGAACUGACAGCAGCAUGUCUGCUACUUGUAUACGAGGGAGAAAUUACUGAAAGAGUGAAGACCGAUCUGACAAAGGGCUUGAAUGAUGCAAAAGGAAAUUCAACACAUUCAAAACAAAGUGACUGGGAUAAUAUUCAAAAAAACCUUGACUGCUGUGGAAUCCAUAAUGUAACAGAUUGGGGAAACAACGUGCCAGAAUCCUGCUGUAUUCCUGAGGACCCCUCUUGUAAAAGUCAUAAAUACAGGCAAACGGGUUGUUUGUCAAAGGUGACAAAUUUUUUUGAGAAGAAUUUCCUAACCAUUGGGGUCUCUGUCAUUGUCCUCUGUAUGAUUGAGGUUUUGGGAAUGUGCUUUGCCAUGACACUGUUCUGCCACAUUAGCAGAUCUGGACUGGGCUACAAGUUCUGAAUACCUUCAAACAUGAUCUUCCCAUUUUACAGUAAAUAUCACUGUAAAGUUCUUUAGGAACUAGAGGGAAAGUUUCUGGAAAAACUUCCUUAAAAUGACAAAACUAUUUUUCUAAACUCUUGCUUAAAGCUUAAACCUGUUUAUGUACCUGAAUAUAAAGUAUAACUGUAAAUUCUGGCACCUUUGACCUUUAGUGCACUACUCCAUUUCAGGUGAAGCUGUGUGCUGAGUUCAGUUUUGUACAGAACUUGCUUGGUGCCAAGUUUAUCUUAAGGUCUGUCAACUUUUUAAAACAGUUUCUGUAAAAUAUUACCUUUGUACUAGUCUUUAAUAAACUACUUACUGACAACAAAUUUGGAAACAUCCAAUUAACCUGCAGUCAGCUGAGACUGAAGAAGUCACUUGGAUGAGUGACAAAACGUUUCUCCCACAAAACGCUACGUCCAGAUGAACACAAUCAACGUUUGGAGAUCAAUUAACUUUAUAAAAAUAAAGAGCAUAAACAGUG